AGAGCCCCACUUCUCUAUGAUGUGAUCGAUCACGCUUCAUCCUCAUUAAUACAAUACGCUGGCUCCAGGAGCGAAAGGGGCUGGACUGCCAUCUGCUUGACAUUCCUCUUUCGGUGGGAAAGGGGAUUGUAAGAGAGCACUGUUAGACGUACUCUCGCUGGAGCUUCCUUAUCCCACAUUUGCAUUUGAUCGUUAAGGUGAUCCCGUGGGAAUAUCAGACCUCCAUGUACGACAAUUUGUACCUGCAUGGAUUUGAAGACUCAGAGGCGGGUUCCGCCGAUUCCUACACUAGCAGACCAUCCGACUCAGAUGUCUCUCUGGAUGAGGAGCAGGGCGGCCGGCAGGAGAAAGAACAGCAGGCCACCGUUCAGCUGGAGAGGGCAAAGGCCAAAGCAGUGGCCUUUGCCGUGAGGACAAACGUCAGCUACUGUGGUGCCCUGGAUGAGGAUGUUCCUGUCGCUGGCACUGCCAUUUCCUUUGAUGCUAAAGACUUCCUUCACAUCAAGGAGAAGUACAACAAUGACUGGUGGAUUGGGCGACUGGUGAAGGAAGGUUGUGAUAUCGGUUUUAUCCCCAGUCCCUUAAAACUAGAGAACAUUCGCUUACAGCAGGAGCAAAAAAGGGGCCGCUUCCAUGGGAAGUCCAGUGGGAACUCUUCUUCCAGUCUGGGUGAAAUGGUGUCAGGCACCUUCAAGCCCAACCCUGCUUUUGCAGGUAAACAGAAACAGAAAGUGGCCGAGCACAUUCCUCCAUACGAUGUGGUCCCUUCCAUGAGGCCGGUGGUCUUAGUUGGCCCAUCACUUAAGGGAUAUGAGGUGACAGAUAUGAUGCAGAAAGCGCUCUUCGACUUCCUGAAACACAGGUUUGAAGGCAGGAUAUCAAUCACAAGAGUAACCGCAGACAUCUCUUUGGCCAAGAGAUCUGUGCUGAAUAACCCUAGUAAGAGAGCCAUUAUUGAGAGAUCCAACACCAGAUCCAACCUGGCGGAGGUUCAGAGUGAGAUCGAGCGAAUUUUUGAAUUGGCCAGAUCCCUUCAGCUGGUUGUGCUGGAUGCCGACACGAUCAACCAUCCAGCCCAGCUCAUCAAGACUUCUUUAGCUCCCAUUAUUGUCCAUGUCAAAGUGUCUUCUCCCAAGGUAUUGCAACGGCUGAUCAAAUCACGAGGGAAGUCUCAAAGCAAGCAUUUAAAUGUACAACUGGUGGCAGCAGACAAACUAGCUCAGUGUCCUCCAGAAAUGUUUGACAUAAUUUUGGAUGAGAAUCAGCUCGAGGAUGCAUGUGAACAUCUGACCGAGUAUCUGGAGGCCUACUGGCGUGCAACUCACACUUCCCUCAGCACUCCUCUGAACCCUCUGCUGGGCCGCAACCUGGGCUCCACUGCACUCUCACCGUACCCCGCAGCCAUCUCUGGACUACAGAGCCAAAGAAAUAAAAACAGCAAUCACAUCAGUGACAACUCUCCAAUGGAACGGCGCAGCUUGAUGACGUCCGAUGAGAACUACCACAACAACGAGCGGCAAAAGAAGAGUCAUAACCACCUGUCCUCCAGCUCCCAGCAAAGUCAAGACCACUACCCUCUGGUAGAGGAGGACUACCAUGAUCCCUAUCAAGAUGCGUACAAACCUCACCGCAACCGGGGCUCCCCCGGGGGCUACAGUAACGACUCGCGGCACCGACUCUGAACAUCCACUCCACUACAGCCAGAGCUAUGAGUUAAAUCUCAUGUAAUUGUGUAAACCCUUUCUGAAAAUACAGUGCAUUGCGUUCACUCUGACACAGGUCCCCAUAUAUGGGCCAUCUUAACUAAAAGCAAAAUCCGAGCACCCGGUCCAUCUAUGUAAGGCAGUUGUUUGCAGCCCUUGCGCAUCUCUUGUCAGGCAGUUGGAGGUGCUGAUUUUAUCUGCAAUGGUUGAGAUAAGUAGCUCUUUCGGAGGAGUGAUAACUAUAGUACCAUCUGGUCCAUCCAGUUUCUCCUAGUAGAGGCCUAAGCCCUGCGUUUAAUUGCUAACCAAAGUCCUGCACUGUCUAUAUUUGCAGGACGUUUUGGGGUGGCAUGCUAAUUUUCACCCUGAACUAGUGCCGGCAUGCAGAAAUGCUCAACAGUGCUAAGACCCAAUCAGCACAGAGCCUUUUUGCAUGAUUUCAGUAGCCAAUGGAAGUGUCAUGCGUUCACCGUUCUGUUUCUUCCUGUCUUAGUAUUUAUGUUAGAUGGUCUAUUAUUUUGCCCAAACAGCCUCAGGUACGAAGCAGGAAUGCUUCUUAGGUGCCAAAAGAGGUUUCUUUUCCCACGGUCUAUUUUCAUAAUGAUCUCUGCAGAUAGUGUCAACAGACACUUUUUUUCUGAGCAAAAUACAAAAGAUAGCAACACCAUAAUGCCUAUAGUUCACUCAGCGCUUUGCCCAGGCCUACAAGUGGGAUGCUGUUGCAAAAAAUUACGCCGGAGCACCAGUAUCAGGUAGAUUUGAUCAUUUUAAAUUACUCCAUUGCUUGGUAGUAAUAGUAAAUAAACGAAUCUCAUGAAACCUUAAAAGAUUUACAGAUUAUA